AAAUGAAUGCGUGGAAUGGCGAAUACACCGAACACGGAUCCCUCGUUUCUUCUCCUUCUCGGUCUCACUCACACUGCACCAUGUUCAAAUAUUCUGAGUAGCGCAAACACGCUUCACGGAGACACUGCACUCUUUCCAAAACCCUAAGUUCUCACUUUUAUUUUUUUCCGACGAGAAUGGUCGCCGGCAUUGACAUGUCACUCGACGACAUUAUAAGGAGCUCCGCCGAGGCGGCGGCGACUCGUCGGCGAUUCACGUUUGUUCGCAACCCGGUCAGAGCGACGCCGUAUCCCGUUCCGCGGGCAAGGCAUCGCGGAAUGAUUCCAGAAAUGGUUUUCGAAGAUGACGGUGCCGCUAUGAUCGAAAGCGGAACCAAACUCUUGAUAUCUAACUUGGAUCUUGGAGUUUCAAACGGUGAUAUGAAGCUGCUGUUCUCGGAAGAGGGUGAAUUGAAAAGAUGCUCCAUUCAUUAUGAUCAGAAUGGGAGAUCAAAGGGAACAGCAGAAGUUGUGUUUAUGAGACACUCUGAUGCUUUAUCAGCCAUCAAGAAAUACAACAAUAUGAGGCUUGAUGGAAAACCAUUGCAAAUUGAGCUCGUUGGAACUAGUAGUCCUGUUGUUGCGCCUCUUCAUCAAAAUAACUUAUUGGGACCAAGUGCUUCACUUCUAAGCAAAGGAGAAAGAGUUGGGGGUAGGGGGUUCCACAAUGACUUCGUACAGGGCUACAUUCCAAGGGUCCAUGGAGAAGAGAAGGGAUAUAUUCGAAAGUUAUAUUUUACAGAUCUUGGUCAUGCUUUGGAGAGGCCUCACCGCGUUCCGAUAGGCCACGCAAAAGUAAAGAACAAUAAUAGAAAAGUGACUGCUAAAGAUCUUGACGAUGACUUGGAGAGGUAUCACCUAGAGGCUAAGCGGAUAAAGCAACAAAAUGGAAAGUGAGAUGAUGAUUGAAUCGUAUUAUGCGCAAAUGGGUCAGAAAAGCAUCAGAUAUAUAACACAAUAUUUUGUUGCAAAA